AUGUCUACUCCUCAAGUUUUCAAGAUUAAAUUUGAGCAUCACCACAACGGUCUUGGUGUAGACACGUCCAGGCCUCGACUUUCCUGGGCUUUCGAAACGUCGCCCUCGACAGCUUCCUCAUGGGUACAAACUUGUUAUGAAGUUGAGGUCACUUUCCCCAGCACAGGUGAUACUCAAGUGUUCACCAUCGAGAGUGAAGAAUCAGUUCUGGUACCAUGGCCAGCGAGACGACUUUCAUCCCGCGAAUCUGCAUCAGUUCGCGUUAGGGUAUAUGGUAAAAUCCUCGAUCAAGAGUCUACUAGCCUCGAGCCUAGCCCCUGGUCGGCUGCUGCGACCGUUGAAGCCGCUCUUCUUGAGACCAGCGACUUUAACGCGAACUUCAUCACCUCAGCUGACCGAGUUGGACCCUAUGGGCCACUACGACCGAUCCGAUUUUAUAAAGAGUUCACUUUACCGCAAGAUACAACGACUAGUCCUCGUGCACGACUAUACAUAACAAGUCUUGGUGUCUUCGAGGCAACUAUCAACGGAAAACGUGUUGGUGAUGAGGUCCUCGCACCAGGUUGGACAAGCUACAACCAUCGCCUCAUUUACCGAAUCCACGAUGUUACUUCCUUGCUAAUCCCAGGCAAUAAGAACGUCAUCAGUGUCGAGGUUGCCGAGGGCUGGUAUGCGGGAAGACUCGGCUUCAAAGGUGGCAAGCGUUUUCGAUAUGGCGAUGAGCUAGGACUACUUGCUCAACUCGAGAUCCAAAAUGCAGCUGGCAAAGUGUCUUGGGGUCUAUUAUCAGACGAUUCUUGGUCAUGCACCACGAGCCCCAUUGUAACAAGUGAGAUUUACGAUGGCGAGGUUUACGAUAUGAACCAUAUUCCUUUGGAUGUUUUGAAGACGAGCAUUCUCCCGGAUCCAUCGGCUCAACUCAUGGCACCCGAUAUCCCUCCUGUCCGUGUCACUGAGACCAUCUCCUGCAAGCACGUCUUCAGCAGUCAGAGCAGCAAGACAAUCUUAGAUUUUGGUCAGAACUUGGUGGGCAAGCUCUUCAUACCAAGCCUUCCCACCGAGAAGGACAAACGUAUCAUCUUUCGUCAUGCCGAGGUGAUGGAAAAUGGAGAGUUGGGAACACGUCCACUUCGUGAUGCCAAAUGCUGCGAUACUAUCAUCGGGUCAGGUGAGAUCCUAUCGGACUGGUCACCCAAGUUCACUUUUCAUGGCUUCCGAUAUGUCGAGGUUAAAGGAUGGCCUGGGGAUGGUCCCUCGCCUGAUGCCAUCCAAGCUGUUGUGCUUCACACCGAUAUGGAGCGACGAGGAUUCUUCGAGUGCUCUAACCCUUAUGUGAACCAACUGCAUAAGAAUAUCGUCUGGUCAAUGCGAGGUAACUUUCUCUCUCUACCUACAGAUUGCCCGCAGCGAGAUGAGCGUCUCGGAUGGACCGGCGACCUUCAAGUAUUUUGCCCAACUGCGACAUACCUCUAUGACACACUAGGUAUUCUCAGUAACUGGCUACAAGACGUGUCAGCAGAACAGCUGGAAGAAGGCAAGGGAGGCAUACCUCCUCUGGUAUGUCCUAACGCCAUAAGUUCCAAUUGGCCUCAUAUGGCUCAGGCAAUCUGGGAUGAUGUUACGGUCCUGGCUCCAGACGCUUUGUUUCAAUACAGCUCUGAUAAAGACCUGCUGGAAAGGCAGUUUGAGAGCAUAGCUCCCGAUGGACUUUGGAACCCUGAUAACGCACCGCCCGAGGAUCCUGGAAACGGACGAACCGACAACAUUCUCGUGGCAAACGCCUAUCUUGUACAUACGACACUGGUGUUUUCCAAGAUAUGCUCCGUUCUUGGAAAGGCAGAACUAGCCAGGAGGUAUGCACAAGAUGGAGACCGGCUGAAGGCUCUGUUCCAGCGAAGAUACAUCACAGCUGAAGGCAACCUCAUGUCAACAUCUCAAACAGGUCUUGGUCUCGCCAUCAGAUUCGGUCUUUACCCAGAGAACGAGGAACAACGCAAAACUGCUGGGAAAGCCCUCGAUCGUCUAGUCCGCACUGCUCGCUUCCACAUCAGCACAGGUUUCGCAGGAACACCAGUCAUCUCCCACGCGCUAUCUGACAUCGGCCGCUCACACUGGUUAUACGCCGUGCGCUGGGAUAGCAUGUUACCUGAUGGACGCAUCAAUCCUGGUCAAAUGACGAGUUUUAAUCACUAUGCUCUCGGUGCGGUUGGUGAUUGGCUUCACGGGACUGUAGGUGUCCGUCCGAUCCCUGGAGGAAAUAUCACCAGCGCGAAGGUAUCGUUCAACGGACCUUGUGGACUUGUUGCAUGUGAAUGGAAUCUUGAAGGUCAAAGGUUUACUAUGUCGUUGACCAUUCCUCCCAACUGUUCAGCUCUGGUCACUCUGCCUUCGGAGGUACGAAGAGACUUUACUUGCAAGGAGGAGCCCACAAGAGUUCUUUCCUCUGGUCAUCAUUCGCUAGAAUGCCAAUUUGACGCUGGAGAGUGGCCGCCUAAGCCAAUGGUUGCUGCGAAUCAGCCUAUGCCUGUAGAUAGUAUUGCCGGGUAAACGGUGCCGGCGAUUAUGUAGAAAGAACUCUCAGGCGCGAAUAGUUGAAGGACUUGCAGCCUGAAAGAUGUAAUCUAUGCUUCGUCACGCAAUCAAGAGCUAUGAGCAUCCCUGUCCACUUUCCAUAUCCUCGACCUUGCCCAUGAUAGUGAAUCAUGGUAGGGUCUCGCUGGGUUUAUUGCCUUCUCUCUGCAAACGAUCGCUGCUAUUGAUUAUCUUCCCUUGGAUGAUUC